AUGGCCGCUUCUCAAGCUUCAGUUCCUCCAUCGCCGAGGCUGGAGGACUAUGAGAUUGGACCGCUCCUCGGACGAGGCGCUUGCGGCGAGGUCCGGCUCGCCUCGCGGCGGCCGGACGCGGCAGCGAGUUGCGGCGCGGUGCAGCGGUGCGCCGUCAAGGUGAUACCGCAAGGCAAGCCUUCAUCUGCACGGGACGUCAUGUGUGAGGUGGAGAUGCUUCGGCGGUGCUCGCACCCUCACAUCCUGCGGCUUCUCUCUGUCUGCGAGGACGGGCCCAACCUUUGCCUGCUCCUCGAGUUUUGCGCGGGUCCGGACCUGCAGCGGCUGCUCGACCUGCGUGGUGCGCUCCUUGAGGAUGAGGCGAAGCGGAUCUUUUCGCAGGUCUGCGCCGCACUCUGCCACCUCCGCGAGCGGCGCAUCGUCCAUCGCGACGUCAAGCCGGCCAACGUAGCGCUCAAAGCUGCACUGCCCGACGACCGCAGCUCGUCGCUCUCGCGCUGCAUCACAAAACUGCUCGACUUUGGCUUCGCUCGCGUGAUCGAUGUCGCGGUGGCCUCCCCCAGGGCGAGGAGGUGGGGCAAGCGGCGCGGCGACCGCUCCGUGCACGGAAUCGAUUCCGGGUCAAAGCACGGCGGCUCCAACUACGGCGGCUCGAAGCACGGCGGCUCCAACUAUGGCGGCUCGAAGCACGGCGGAUCCGAGUGCGGAUCCACGCACGGCGGCGAGACGACGGUGGAGCUCGAGAUGGACGGCUCGCUCGUGUUUGACGGCAGCACGCACUCGGCCGCGAGCGUGCCGAGCAGCCCGACGGGGCGCCGCACCGUCGGCGAGGUGAGGAUGACGCCGCUCGGGACGCGCCACUGGGCGGAGCCGCGGCUGCAGGCGGCGGGCCUGGGCGGCGGCGUCGGCGCGGACGGGCGGCUCGUCAUGAGCCUCGACGAGGCGCUCCAGCUCGACACCUUCUCCCUCUCGCGGCUGCUGCGCUACAUGCUCACAGGCGCGACCAUCAUGGAGGCGCUCGAGGCGCAGGGCAUGGCGGGCUGUGGCUGUGCGGCCGCCCUGGUCGGCAGGCGGCCGCCGGCGAGGCGCGUGGUGCGCGAGCUGAGCGAGGUGAGCCCCGAGGCGCGGGAGGUGCUCGGCGCCCUGUCCCGCGGGGCGGCCGAGCGCGCCUCCGUCUUCGAGGCGUGCCGACACCGCUGGAUUGCGGACGAGAGCGUGCACGGGCGCGCGCGGGGGUAUACGAGCGACGAAGGAGCGGAGAAGUAG